GGCGUGGGAGAGAAGGCGGCUCCUUGCUUUCCCGCGCCCUGCUUCCCGGCGGGGGCGCCCGCACCCCGGGGCUGGCGGUGGGGGUGCCGGGAGGUGGUGAGGGGCGACCUCCAUCGACCCUCCCGCGGGUCUCUGAGGUGCGGGCUGCGGCCACAGGUGGGGAGACGGAGGUGCGGGGGGCCGCCUGCCGCCCCGGGCCCGGCUCAGCCUUGAGGGCACCCGGGUAUGUUUCUCCGAGUUGUUGGUGGACGGACUCGCCGGAAUCAGUUCUCGCAGGUGAAAAGGAAGACUGGUCUUAUCCUGCCUCUUUGUCACUCAGCCUUCGGGAGCAGGACGUGGGAAAGUCAGCCCAGAGUGGGCUUGAUGGCCAUUGAGCCCCGAGGUACCCCUAGAGCCGUGGCAAAGGUCGCCUGGGCCUAGGCCGAAUUGUUCUGAACCUCGGUUCGCUCGUAGUCAGAAAACUGACCAGGCCAGCCUCGAGGCGUGACGGGCCAGGUUGAAGAGAGCGGCAGCGUGCAGAGCGGGGCUUGCGUGCAGAGGAGGGGCUUGCUUUCCGGACCCCGCGGCACCGGGUUAAGUUGCUCAGGUGGAGACCCUGCUCUCAAUGCUGUCUGCGCCACUGCUGGGCCUCCACCCCCAAGCCAAGUUCAGUUGUUCGUAAGACUGACAGGGGAGGACUUUGUGUACCGUGACCCCCCGAGGGCACCCACCGUUGCUGAUACUGCUGCUGAGAGUCCGCCGACCGGUAGAGUCAGCAUUGAUGGUAGUGUUGAGCUGCAGAAGAGCAGUUUCUGAACUUCAUCACCAUCCCUCUGAAACUGGAGUGUGAAGGGCCAAAGCCCCGGGCAGCUUUCAGACAAGAUGAAGACCGUGCUCAUGGUUGCAGAAAAGCCAUCCUUGGCCCAGUCCAUUGCUAAAAUCCUCUCUCGGGGAAACAUGUCCUCCCACAAAGGGCUGAACGGAACAUGCUCCGUGCAUGAGUACAGCGGGACCUUCGCUGGCCAGCCUGUCCGCUUCAAGAUGACAUCCGUCUGUGGUCAUGUGAUGACCUUGGAUUUCCUGGGAAAGUACAACAAAUGGGACAAGGUGGACCCCGCAGAGCUGUUCAGCCAAGCCCCAACAGAGAAGAAGGAGGCUAACCCCAAGCUGAACAUGGUGAAGUUCCUGCAGGUGGAGGGCAAAGGCUGCGACUAUAUUGUGCUGUGGCUGGACUGUGACAAGGAGGGAGAGAACAUCUGUUUUGAGGUCCUGGACGCUGUGCUGCCCGUCAUGAAUCCAACCCAUAGUGGCGAAAAGACCGUGUUCCGGGCUAGGUUCAGCUCCAUCACAGACACGGACAUCUGUGCCGCCAUGGCCCGCCUGGGCGAGCCAGACCACAACGAGGCGCUGUCGGUGGACGCCAGGCAAGAACUGGACCUGCGCAUCGGCUGUGCGUUCACCAGAUUUCAAACUAAGUACUUCCAGGGAAAAUAUGGCAAUCUAGACAGUUCCCUCAUCUCCUUUGGGCCAUGUCAAACCCCUACCCUGGGCUUCUGCGUGGAGAGACAUGAUAAAAUCCAGUCCUUCAAACCGGAGACGUACUGGGUGCUGCAGGCCAAGGUCAGUGCCGAUAAAGACAGAUCUCUUCUUUUGGACUGGGACCGAGUACGAGUGUUCGACCGGGAGAUCGCACAGAUGUUUUUAAACAUGACAAAGCUGGAGAAGGAAGCCCAGGUGGAGGCUACGAGCAGGAAAGAGAAAGCCAAGCAGAGGCCCCUCGCCCUCAACACUGUGGAGAUGCUGCGUGUCGCUAGCUCUUCUCUGGGCAUGGGGCCACAGCAUGCCAUGCAGACCGCCGAGCGCCUCUACACGCAAGGCUACAUCAGCUACCCGAGGACUGAGACCACCCACUACCCCGAGAACUUUGACCUGAGGGGCCCUCUGCGGCAGCAGGCCAACCACCCCUACUGGGCCGACACGGUAAAGCGCUUGUUAGCGGAAGGUAUCAACCGGCCACGGAAAGGCCAUGAUGCCGGCGACCAUCCUCCCAUCACCCCCAUGAGGUCUGCCACAGAGGCUGAAUUAGGGAGUGAGGCGUGGCGGCUCUAUGAAUACAUCACCAGACACUUCAUCGCCACGGUUAGCUAUGACUGCAAGUACCUCCAGAGCUCCAUUUCCUUCAGAAUCGGGCCUGAGCGCUUCACGUGCACGGGGAAAACCGUCAUCUCUCCAGGCUUCACGGAGAUCAUGCCUUGGCAGAGUGUGCCUCUGGAGGAGAGUCUGCCCACCUGCCAGAGGGGCAACUGCUUUCCCGUGAGUGAGAUGAAGAUGCUAGAGAAGCAGACCAACCCGCCCGACUACCUGACAGAGGCUGAGCUCAUCACACUCAUGGAGAAACACGGCAUCGGGACAGAUGCCAGCAUCCCCGUGCACAUCAACAACAUCUGCCAGCGCAACUAUGUCACUGUGGAGAGCGGGCGCCGCCUCAAACCCACCAACCUGGGCAUCGUCCUGGUGCACGGCUACUACAAGAUUGAUGCAGAGCUCGUGCUCCCCACCAUCCGCAGCGCAGUGGAGAAGCAGCUGAACCUGAUCGCCCAGGGCAAGGCUGACUACCGCCAGGUCCUGGGCCACACGCUGGACGUCUUCAAGAGGAAGUUCCACUACUUCGUAGACUCCAUCGCCGGGAUGGACGAGCUGAUGGAGGUGUCUUUUUCACCCCUGGCGGCCACGGGCAAGCCCCUCUCCCGCUGUGGAAAGUGCCACCGGUUCAUGAAGUACAUUCAGGCCAAGCCAAGCCGCCUACACUGCUCACACUGUGACGAGACCUACACCCUCCCCCAGAAUGGCACCAUCAAGCUCUACAAGGAGCUCCGGUGUCCACUGGAUGACUUCGAGCUGGUCCUGUGGUCAUCGGGCUCUCGGGGCAAGAGCUACCCACUGUGCCCCUAUUGCUCCAACCACCCGCCCUUCCGAGACAUGAAGAAAGGCAUGGGCUGCAAUGAGUGCACACACCCCACCUGCCAGCACUCACUGAGCAUGCUGGGCAUCGGCCAGUGCGUGGAAUGUGAGAGCGGCGUGCUGGUGCUGGACCCCACCUCAGGCCCCAAGUGGAAGGUGGCCUGCAACAAGUGCAACGUGGUGGCGCACUGCUUUGAGAACGCCUACCGUGUGCGGGUGUCCGCCGACACCUGCCCCACCUGUGAGGCUGCCCUGCUCGCCGUGGACUUCAACAAGGCCAAAUCCCCGCUCCCAGGUGAUGAGACACAGCACACAGGCUGCGUCUUCUGCGACCCUGUCUUCCAGGAGCUGGUGGAGCUGAAGCACGCAGCCUCCUGCCACCCCAUGCACCGGGGAGGGCCAGGGAGGAGGCAGGGCCGAGGGCGGGCUCGGGGCCGGCGGCCCACAGGGAAGCCCAGUGCCAGACGGCCAAAGGACAAGAUGUCAGCCCUGGCUGCCUACUUUGUAUGACGGCCCCGCCAACCCUCACCAGGCUCCACAUAGUUUCCUGCGGGCCACGGAAAUCAUUAAAAUGCAGUUUGUCUUCUUCAGAGCAAGCAGCUCGGGACCUCUCACUGGUGCCAGAGGGUUGUGGUGUCCUCACUGCCCAUCUCUUCCCUGCCCCACCUCUCCCUUCAUUCUGCACACACCUCCUGAGUGCCCUUGCUCUGCCCGCACGCUGGCGGUGCUUGUAGGAAGGCCACCAAGUGCAGAAAGGGGGAUCAAGCCCAGUCCGAGGCUCACAUCAUAUUUCAGUAUGUGCGGGACGGCAUGGUCGCUGUGUGCACAAGUAGCGUCCUGAUGUCUGCAAAGAAGAAAGUAAGGCACCAACUGCCUGUCACCCCAGGCAGAUGUAGGAGGGAGGCCUGCUGGAGGAGGCCAGGCUGAAGGAAGUCCUCAUUGGACCUUGGCCGUCGCUGCAGCUGACUGGAGUCAGAUGGCGGCUCUGAGCUGCUCUGUGUGUGGUGCAUCCAACCCUGAUGGCCUCCCAGGACCUGUUCUGAUUUCUCACAUGAGCCCUUAUUGUCCGAGACAGAGGCAGGCCAGCCACUUACCAGGAGGAACUGGGCAAGGGUGCCAUGGUCAGUGACGAGGAGCCCCACUGCAGCCAUCUGCCUGCCUGAAUCCAUCAGCCAAACUGCUCUGUAGCCUGCCCUCCCCGACAUGCUUCCCUUGCCCUACUUCGGCUCUCACGGGGGUGCAGUGCAACACAACUUUGUGAGGGACUGGUCAGUAGUGUUUUGCACGUGGACUCCCCAUCUGGGGAGCAGAUUCACAGUCCACUGGAACAUAGGAGGCGCUGAGAAGAGUUUCCAUAAAUACACCUGUGACCACCCAGCAUUCCAAGCAAGCACUGUACCCUCCAGGCUCCCUCUCGGGAAGCCCCAAAGAACCAACCCAAGUGUCCCUAGAACACUGUGAAAACACUCUAGAAGUUCAAAGAAAACCUAUAAUGAGGCAGAGAGGGGACGCGGUGACCUGAGAGCAGGCUCCCGGGAAGCUGGAGUGCAGCAUCAGGGGAACGGGUACCCUUAGGAUGCUUGUGCUCCUUCCCUCCUCCCCUCUGGCUGUGACCAGACUGGGGCACUGGCAAGGCCGCAUCUGCUGGAGGUAGUGUCCUGGCACAGGGCUGUGACUGCUCUGCCACCCUAUCACAUCGUGGGUGGACCCAGGGCCUUCUCCAUGGGAAGGAGACCCAACUCCAGUCCACCCUGGGAUCCCACACAAGGCAGCCCAGGUAGAUGGCCAGAGUGACUUACUGGGGCAGAGACUGUACCUUAGGCUUUAAACCCAAACCAGCUGUUCCUUACCGGGAUUUUGCACAGAGGCUCAGCCCCAAGGAGGGCUAAUCACAAAGGCUUCAUUUUUCUCCACAACCGCCCACUGCGUAUGAAUCUCCUUGGCAUUCAAAGCUGGAGUCUGCCGUCUGGGUCCCUUCAUUUCCUAUGAUCCAACAGCAUACAGCCCUUCCCGUGUGGCUACAGGGGCAGGAGGACAGGAAGAGAGGAGGCCCCUCUGGCUGGAACGGCCUUCCGUGCUCCUCAGGACCGCACCCUCUGCCCUUGAGGUCAGGGAGGCCAGUAGCUUCGGGCUGGCCUGCUCUGGGGGAACAGGGGGGCAGAGCUCCUGCGGACCAGGCCUUUGUGCAGGACUCACAGAAGCAGGGCCUGGUUGUCCGGCUGAAUUGACUGGACACGGGCCAUUGGCCUGGACCGUACCCAUUCCUGUCACUUUGAGACUCUAGUGACAUUGCCGCUAGGUACUUCAUGCGCAUCUGCUCAAUUGAGUGCGGCACCCCUUCCAGGGCUGCUAGGCAGGAAAAGGUACCACAGACCUACAUAUAUGAACCACCCCCCACCCCCUCACCCCCACUGUCCUGGAUCAGUCAGGUCCUUGAAGACCUCAAAGUACGCCAAGGAAGCUGAGGGCCCGCUCUAAGAGAGCAGCACUGCUGGAAACAGGAAGCCAAACAGGAGUCCUGGAAGUCA